GUAUUUGACAAUCGAAUCCGGAAGUGUUUCGAGCACAGCUAGUUCUUCAGUCCUUCUUCACCAGUCUGUGCUAGCUAAGUUUAGUCUUUCUUGGAGGAGAAAGAAAAUGUCCAAGGAGUUGCCGACAGUGAACGAUGCGACAGUGAUUAAUGGUCGUGUUUGCCUCGAGGCGGAGGGUCAGAGCAGGUAUCCGCGCCGGUACACAGGCAGCGAGCAGAAUGACCUUCGGGCAAGAGCGCAACCUCCCGGCACCUCCACCACCAUGUCUGAAUCUGAGGCCACGUUAGAUACAGCACCAGCGGCAGCACUAGUGGAUGAUUGUGAGAGGCUUGGUACUCUGUUUGGGAUGUUCAACAAGUGCCUGAGAGGCAUGGGCUUCACACAGCUCUACUUUGGAGAGAAGAUUGUAGAGCCCAUGGUGGUGCUCCUGUUCUGGCUGCUACUGUGGUUCCUCGGCAUCCAGGCUCUGGGUCUCGUAGGAACUCUUUGCAUUAUCAUCAUAUACAUGCAGAAAUAAUGGGCUAAGCAGGAUUUACAUGAUUACUUUCUUUGUGUCUUGGCACAGAUCAGUAUAACGAAUGUCUCUUUAUAAUGAAUAACAUUAUAACAUACAGUGGGUUUGGGUCUCUCUUCUUUGUGAGCCUUGAAUAGCUGCCUGUAUUUACAGUGCCAUAAAAAAGUAUUCAGACUUUAUAAAGUUUUUAUAAAUGUUUGUUUUGUUGGUUUGAAAAACUAAAACUAAUUUAUAAUUGAGCAAUUAAGAAAGAUUUCAUUUAAAACAACUUUACAUGACACUGUAAAUGAGAAUGGGACUCUGAAUUGGAAUUUUUUUUUUUGUCAUCUAUGCACUAAUUUAGACGUUUUUUUUAUAUGCAUGUUUCCGUAAAUAUCAAUUUGUAUUGAUGUUUGAGUCAGUACAUAUUCUUAACAAGCAUGGAUGCUAAAGGAACAAGCACUUUAAGAGAGAGACAAUAUUAUUUGACCUUAUUCAAACAAAAUGUUGCAUAUCAAUCAUCACUUUUCCUUAAAAUGAAAGUUCUGCCUUUUUUUGUUGUUGUUUGUGGUGUUUUUUUCCUCCUUGCCUUUGAUGUUAUUCAUGCAUUCUCCACACAAGUGCACUAGAGGGCAACCUCUUCCUGCUCCCUAUCUCCUGGGAAAACCAAUCAAGAAAAGUCAAUCUCUUUGUAACAAAUCGUAAAAUCUAGUUGCUAAUAGUCCAAAUGUACCAAUGCAUGGUGUGCCAUUCACAGUCUGGCAUGGGAACUGUGUGUAAAACAAAUGAUUCAUAUUGUAUCUAAGCGCAAAUGUGUGUGCAUGUGUGUAGUGUCCUGUGUCAGAUUAGUGUCCCAUUCAGAGUGUUUUUAUGAUUUGCACCCAUUCUUAUUAUGAUAUGGUUGGAUGAAUGGAUGGAUGAAUGAAUAAUCAGUAAAAUUUUAUUCUUGUAAGAUUCCACAUUGCGAAUCUAAAAUGCCAAAAUCCUUCUAUUAAAAAUACAUAAAAAAAACAUAUACAGGUAGUCCCCGAGUUACGAUAGCGAUGCGUUACAAUGACACCAUAGUAACUUGUAUCGUAAGUGGAGAUGUGGUCUAACCUACAAAGAAAUGGUAAAGAAUGGUGACCAGUAUGGGGCAGAAUACUGCAAUUUAUUAAUAAUUUAACCUUUAACUGUACAUAAUUUAGCAAUCAGAGCAAUUUACAGUACCCUACUGUAUAAAGGUUACAUUAUAUAUGUAUGUGGCAACAGGCUGUUUCAGAGUCCAGCGACAUGAUAAAAUUGUGACCGAGUUUUUUGUGAUUCAAAGACCAAUUUUCUCACAAGGUGGGAGCGAAAAUCGUCAACGUAAACUAAAAAAUCCGUAAGCUAACUCAAAGGCUACCUGUACAAAUGCCAUAAUAUAAAUAUAUGGCUCAUUUCUGUUCUAUGAAAAAUCAGAAAAUCAGUUGAAAGACCAUUUGUUGCUGCCUCACAUCUGAAAAUGGUUUGUAAAUAUGAUUAUUUGCAAAUGUGAUUUCUCACAUUUUGUUGCGUUUUGUUGAGCUGCAUAACACAAGGCAUGCGUUUUGGUUACGAUUGUAAUCCCGUGAAAACUUUUGAUAAAAAACUUUAGAUAAAAUGUUUGCUUUAACAACAAAAUGUGAUCAAUGACAGUUUACAGCUGUUUCCUGAUACCUCAUUUCGCAGACUUUGUGCCAUAAUUUGCUAUCAUUAUGUAUGUUAUCCUGCUGCAUUUUCUAUCAGAUCUUUUGGAAAACCUUAUUUGGGAGUGGGAAAUUUUUCCGUUUUACUUCUGUAUUUGCAGUCAGCUGUCCUCUUUGGCUAUUGAAAUAAAAUGUUUUGAACAAA